GGCUCGGAGCCGGCGCCGACCCCGGUGGCGCGCGUCGGAGAGCAGCAGCCGGCGGCGCCCAGAGCUGAGCGCUGUCGAGGACCACGAGUGGCGCAGCCCAGCCCCGGAGCACGGAAUAGAACGUUCACCUGUUUCUGCCGGAGACCCAGUUGGUGGUUACUGAGCCUGCAGUAAUCCAGCCCUCAGUGUGCCUGAGCCCGCCCACCCGCGUCUGAGCGCUAAGCUCCCGAGGAGGACUGAGCAUACCCCAAGGACCCAGGCGCGCAGCCCCUGCCAGAUGUGGGGGCUGGCUACCCAGAGGCAUGCCCCUCACCCGGCUCCACUGCGCCCACCUGCUGCUGCUGUCAUGGCUGGCACGGGCACCCUCAGCCCAGGUGAUGGACUCCCUGUUUGAGAAGUGGAAGUUCUACGGUGACCAGUGCCGCCACAACCUGAGCCUGCUGCCCCCGCCCACCGAGCUGGUGUGUAAUAGAACGUUCGACAAGUAUUCCUGCUGGCCCGACACGCCCCCCAAUACCACAGCCAACAUUUCCUGCCCCUGGUACCUGCCUUGGUACCACAAAGUGCAGCACCGCCUGGUGUUCAAGAGGUGUGGGCCUGAUGGGCAGUGGGUUCGAGGGCCACGGGGGCAGCCAUGGCGCAACGCCUCCCAGUGUCAGCUGGACGAGGAAGAGAUCGAGGUCCAGAAGGAGGUGGCCAAGAUGUACAGCAACUACCAGGUGAUGUACACUGUGGGCUACAGCCUGUCCCUGGCGGCCUUGCUCCUCGCCCUGGUCAUCCUGCUGGGCCUCAGGAAGCUGCACUGCACCCGGAACUACAUCCAUGCGAACCUCUUCGCAUCCUUUGUGCUCAAGGCCGGCUCUGUGCUGGUCAUCGAUUGGCUACUCAAAACACGCUACAGCCAAAAGAUUGGCGAUGACCUCAGCGUGAGCGUCUGGCUCCGUGAUGAGGCGGUGGCCGGCUGCCGAGUGGCCACGGUGAUAAUGCAGUACGGCAUCAUAGCCAACUAUUGCUGGUUGCUGGUAGAGGGUGUGUACCUGCACAGCCUGCUGAGCCUUGCCACCUUCUCCGAGAAGAGCUUCUUUUCCCUUUACCUGGGCAUUGGCUGGGGUGCACCCUUGCUGUUCGUCAUCCCCUGGGUGGUGGUGAAGUGUCUGUUUGAGAACAUCCAGUGCUGGACCAGCAAUGACAACAUGGGCUUCUGGUGGAUCUUGCGAAUCCCUGUCUUCCUGGCCAUACUGAUCAAUUUCUUCAUUUUUGUCCGUAUUCUUCACCUUCUUGUGGCCAAGCUUCAAGCCCGUCAGAUGCACUAUGGGGACUACAAGUGCCGGCUCGCCCGGUCCACGCUGACCCUCAUCCCCCUGCUGGGUGUGCACGAGGUGGUCUUUGCCUUUGUGACUGAUGAGCACGCCCAGGGCACGCUGCGCUCCACCAAGCUCUUCUUUGACCUCUUCCUCAGUUCCUUCCAGGGUCUGCUGGUAGCUGUUCUCUACUGUUUCCUCAACAAGGAGGUGCAGGCAGAACUUCUGCGGCGCUGGAGGCGAUGGCGAACAGGCAAAGCCCUUCAGGAGGAACAGCUGGCCAGCAGCCACGGGAGCCACAUGGCUCCAGCAGGGCCCCGUCGCGGUGAUCCCUGUGAGAGACUCCAGCUUGUGAGUGCAGGCGGCAGCAAUGACACUGGCCGUGAGCCCUCUGUGGGGACCUCCUUGGCCAGCAGUCUCCCAGGGCUGGCUGACAGCCCCACCUGAUUCUCCCCUGGAGCCCAGCCAGGCUGGAUUCAGAAAGGGCCUCAAAGGAUAACCCAGAACCAGAUGCCUGGCCAAGGCUGCAGAGACAAAGCAGAGAGACAGCAGCUUGUUCUGUCCACACUCCCCUGACCUGUCCUGACCCUGGUACAGGCCACAUUGAUGGGGUGGGGGUCAGAUGCAAUGGAGAAGCCACGCUAUGAACUGUGGGUGUUCCCAUGUGUUGACAUGUGCACAGAUACAUGACCUUCAGUAAAGAGCUCAGUUAGUA